GACCUUAGACGAGGGAGAAGAAAGACGGCUUCGUGCCAAACGUAGAGCCCGUGUUCUAGCAGCAGGACUACAGGAAGCAAACAGAGUAGCAAGAGAGCGGGCAACAGCAGCCAGAGCAGCUGCAAUCGCUAACGGCGCAAGCUCUGCUGCGUCAUCGUCUGCGUCCUCGUCAGGGAAUAGUGGGACUCAGUUGGGAAUGCCACUGAGUUCCACAAGUUCCUCGGGCACUUCCCGUUCAACAGGUUCUAGACAGUCUUAUAGUCAAAUGGCGGGCUCGCAGUUCAGCCCGUUGACCCCACGUGAGAGGGAGCUCAGGGAGAUCCAACAGGUCGAGAGGCUCCGCCAGAAGUUAGAGGAGGACCUGAAAAAGGCAACCGAUAGAGAAAGAGAGAUAAAAAGUAGAGCGGCGAGACUUGAUACGUUAGAGGCUGACAAGGCUGCGUUAGAGGGAUUGGACGAAACGGGUUUGUCUGACCCCCUGAAAGUGUUGAAGAACAACAUGUUGUCACUGCAUGCGCACGUUGACAGUAGGAUGGACUUCAUGCAGAGCACUUUGGACCAGAUCCUGGAUGCAUUGACAAAGCCAGGAUUCCGGCCACCAGCACAAUCGCCGUUGCCGUUAAUGGCAAUGUCAGGCCCCUUUCCAGUACAAGUUGGCACACAGCCAAGUGGUACGUCUGCAGCAGUCUCACAGACUGUUGCGUCCUCUUCUUCGGGUCCAGCGGUGAUUGCUACAUCACCGCAACAACCUGUUCCUUCACAGGGACAGCAGCAAGGUCAAUGGUAUCCUAAGACCCCGAUGAAACCGCCUCUUGCCUUCUCAGGUGAGAGAAAGGAUGAGGAACUCAACACAUGGUUGAGAACGAUCCCGGUUUGGGUGAAGGYAAAGAGGACCUUGCMUGAGGACGAAGUGGUAACUGCUGCAUCCUACCUAGAGGGUAAGGCAGCCAAGUGGCUAGAUGGAGUAGUUGUAAAGGCCGGGUACGGGAGACGCAUGRCAGACUGGGCUAAGUCAUUGACGUUAGACCAGUUCAUGGAGAUGGUAGAAGCUCGAUGGCAUAACCCACAGGAGGCUCAAAGGGCCACUGAUGCCAUUAACAAGCUGGACCAACGAAAGUUCAAGUCGGUCAGAGAGCUUACGACUACCGUUGAAAGCCUGAUCCUCGUCCCAGGCAUCGACUACAGUAACCAGUUCCUGCUAACUACGUUUGUUAGAUGUUUACCAGAGAACAUCAAGAACUUACUAGCCAACGAGGCACGCACUGUCUACCAUUCGUUUGAGACACUGUCUAGGAAGGCCUUAGAUUUAGAGGCCACUCUAGGCAAUGCUCAACCCACCUCACAGAGUGACUCAAAGAAGAAGAAGAGUCCUCAGGAAUGGAAGAAGAAGGGAGAAAAGUUUAUGAUGGUUGAGUCUGAUGGGACUCAAACUGAGAUUGACGAACUCUCUGACCUGAUGGACUAUGCAGAGCACGACGGCGAGGAGGUAGCUGAGGGUAGCACCCCUCGCGGCGGUAGUAAAGACUAAGGCAGGUGGCCGAGGGAAGGGCCAACCUAGGGGUCAAGGGAAGGCCGCCUCCAAUCAGACCAAACAGGCUGAGUGGGUAAAGGCAGGUCUUGAUCAAGACGUGUGGCGUGACCGCCGAAUGCGUGGCGCUUGUAUCAACUGCGGAGAAUACGGACACACGCAGUGGAAGUGUCAGAACGCUAAGGUUACACAAAAAGUUGCUCCAAAGAUAGGGGCUUCUUAUUCCCAGGGUUCCAUCUCAGGAAACGCGUGAGGCCAGUGGAAGUAUUAGCCGCUUCAACUCA